UCCCUGCAGCGAGCGAAAAGCCUCAUAAACUCGGCUUAGGAGCCGGGCUCCAGAGAGCGCUGUGUUGCCGGCCGAGGGCGGGGAGCUGCGGGCGCCGCAGCCACUGGACCAAGCGAGGGGCGGACACUGAUGGGCUGGCGCCAGCUGGGGACCUGCAGCCACGGGGCCCAGGGCGGGCUCAACUUCCUCAGGUGAUGACAUGACAUCAACUGAUCAGGCAAAAUUAUCCACAAUGGAGAGCACUGAUGGUAACUGGUCAUCAGAAACAGAGGCUAAAGAUCCACCCCAGAGUUCUUAUUCUGUUGAAACACCAUAUGGCUUCCACUUAGAUCUUGAUUUCCUGAAGUAUGUUGAUGACAUUGAAAAAGGAUAUACUAUCAAGCGGAUUCCAAUUCAUAGAAAAGCAAAGCAUCCAAAAUUUAGCACUCUACCUCGGAAUUUCAGUCUUCCAGAAAAUGGAUCCAAGGCCUAUUCGCCCUCCCAAAGUAGCAGCUUUCUCACACAGAGGAAAACCUCCUUAGGAACAGAGGAAAGUACUUUUCCUGUCACAUCCAUAGAGUCAUCAUCAUCUUCAGCCUAUCUAAAUGAGCCAAGUUACAGAAGAAAAGCUCUCUUAAUAGAGACCAUCAAACAAGAUUCUGUUAAUCUUGGAGAGGAGCCCAGUAAAUGUAGUAGAGGGAGGCCUCAGCUGCUGAGGGCAUCCAGUAUGCCUGCCACACUUCCACCAGUCCAAAAUUCUGAAGAAAAUUGGCUAUCAGAAGAUUCUCCACCAUUAGAACUUUUGCAAUCUAUGGAUGGAAAGGACUUAGAAUUUGAUUUAACUCCCUCUAAGGAAUCACUGGAAUUAGACAGCUUCAGUGAUUCUUCAUUAAUGGUCUCUGAAAAUGUAAGAUAUCUGAAACCACAAAAUAUUAUGGCAUCCUGUGCUAAUCAGAAACCUACAGAUCAAGAGACAGCUACUCUUAUGGAAGAGAAGCAAGAAGAGGAGCUUCCUAAAGAAAAGAUUCAACUCUGUGAUCUGUGGCAAAAUCAGCAUUUAAUAUCUGAAGAACUACUUGUAGUUACUGAAAGUUCAGAAGAAGCAUGUAGUGUAAGAGAGGCAAAUAACUGUCUGCUGUUAGUCCAGAGCGGACUAGAUUCUUCUGGAACUUUGGAACCCAUAUGUGAAAGCCAGUCUCAGGAGGAAACAGAACUGAAUAUAUGUGAGCAUAUACCACAGGUGAUCAAGGAGGAUGAAGUUAGCAGCCUUGUCACAAGUGAGAUGGGGGCAGCCUUGCACCUUGAGCCUUUGGCUGAUGAAGAACCUAGCAAGAUUGUAGCCUUGAAGCAUCAUAUUGCCAUUUUGGAAGAGCAGCUAAAUAAUAAAACGGAGGAACUUGAGCAGAUCCGCAUCAUUUUGAAGCAGCAAGAUAAGGAGAUCAAGGCAAAGGAAAGAAGUAUUGAGAUACUGGUAAGCUCCAAAGCUCAGCUGGAAGAGAAACUCUGUUGGGAGAGCUCCAGAGAAAUUAAACCAUCCAUGCAGGCUAGCAGUGCACUACAUUACCAUGAUGCUGCUGUGAAUACUGAAACUGUGCAUGAAAAUGUAGCGAAAGGGGCAUCUGACAAAGGAAUCAAUGUGAGCAUCAGCAUACCUAUGGAAUCUGUAGGAUGUGAUGCUCAUACAGCUAAUAAUGUGAAUAUGCAACUUGAGGAAAUAAGUGAAGAGUUUGUUUAUACAGACCAUGAAAGGGCAAGUAUCCCUAUAAGUGCUGGAGAGCAAGACUGCACAUCUUUUGGGAUGGAGCAGGUGAGUGAUGGUUCCAUUCUCAUAAUGAAGAAUAAUGUGCUGAACACUGAUGAGCAUAUUGAUAAGAACAAGUAUCAGAAUGAAGUAUACCAGUGUGGCAUGCAGUUGUCUUCUUCUAGAGUUCCAGGUGGUGGAAGAUGCUCAGAACUUGCUGAUGCAAAGGAAGAAAGAAAUGAAACUGUUUAUAAAGAAGAUUUUAAUCAAGAUUUGAAUGAUGAAGAGAACCACCCAGAACCAAUGGAUUCACCUGCAGAUCCCUCCAUAAGACAAUAUGUUAAAAAAAUCCAGGACCUUUUACAAGAACAAUGGAUGUGCCUAGAACAUGGCUAUCCAGAACUGGCCAGUGCAAUUAAGCAACCUGCCUCAAAGCUCAGUUCUAUUCAGAACCAGCUUGUUAAUUCCUUGAACUUGUUGCUCUCUGCUUACACAAUGCAAACACCAGCAGACGAGGAGAAUUCCAGCACACAAUGUCAACAGUUGGAGAUCUCUCCCAGCACAAGUCUUAAAUCUAUUAUGAAAAAGAAAGGCACUGGCUUUCAUACGGGAGGUAACAGCACCAAAAAGAACCUUCAGUUCGUUGGGGUAAAUGGUGGUUAUGAAAGUACAUCCAGUGAAGAUUCAAGUUGUGAUGAAAGCUCGUCAACAGAAAAUUCCAAUAGUGAUCCCGAAGGGAACUAUGGCAGUGAAGGGGACAGAAGGGGGGAAGAAAACAAUGAAGGUGCACAGAAAGCAUCUGGACCUUCCCUGUACAUGAAGAGAGAAGCUUCUGAUUCAGAAGGAUUUGAGAACACUAAAAGAGAAAGCACACAGCACAAGGCAGAGAGGAAAUUUAAACCAUCUGUCGAUUUUCUGAAAGGAUGUCAAAUCUUGAGCAAAAACAUGUCAGAAAUAAGGACCACCAAGGACAAAUUAUUGAGGCAUGUUUUAAGCACCAUCUGCCAGGAGUGGUUCCGAAUCUCAAGCAGAAAAUCCUCCAGCCCUGACAUUGUUGCAGCUUAUCUCCAAGAAGCUGAGGCCAUUCAUCCACAGUUACAGAAUAUAAUUGUAAAUUUAGCAGAUGGGAAUGGAAAUACAGCACUUCAUUACAGUGUUUCUCAUUCCAACUUUCAAAUUGUGAAGCUUCUUUUAGAAACAGGUGUUUGUGAUGUAGACCAUCAGAAUAAAGCUGGGUACACGGCAGUAAUGAUCACACCAUUAGCAUCAGCAGAGACUGAUGAAGAGAUGGAAGUUGUCACAAAGCUGUUGAAAGAAGGCAAUGUUAACAUAAGAGCAAGUCAGGGUGGGCAGACUGCCUUAAUUCUGGGUGUGAGCCAUGAUAGAGAAGAUAUGGUAAAAGCUCUGUUGUCAUGCGGUGCUGAUGUAAAUCUACAAGAUGACACUGGAUUGUCACCUCUAAUGGUUGCUUGUCAGUAUGGUAACACUGAGAUUGUGAAGAUUCUCUUGAUUCAUCCAAGCUGUAAUAUUGAAUUAACUGACAAGGCUGGUAAUUCUGCAUUAUCCAUUGCUUUGAAAUCUUCCCACAGAGAAAUUGCAGAGUUCCUCCAAGCCCACAUACAGCACAGUGAAUCUCUGAAUACAUAAAGGAAAAUGGAAAUCAUAUGUGUCAGAAUGAAGAAUUUAUAACAAAAGACUUAUUCAUUUAGCCAGCAUUGCAAACAAUUUAUGUGCCAGUGAUUAUAGCAGAUAACUGCUGAUUUCUCUACUUAUUGAAAAGAGGAACUAUGUCAGCCAUUUGCAUACAUUCUUAAUGGUUGAGUCACUCUCUUAAGCCUGCUUUUAGGGUUGUAGCCUAGGUUCAGUGGCACAAAUAACCCUGAAAUUGCUAGAUUAUUGCACUGCCUUUUAUUAACACUAAUUGUACUUCAAAACUCAAGUUGGCUAGUCUCUUAUUAACCUGGUAGCUGCUUCAAGCUUAUUUUAUGCCUUGCUAAACCCUUUGAUAAGGACUAUGAAGCAACUUACUUGUCCCCAGACAGUAGUUCUGUGAUUUUGAAGAGUGAUUGCAGAGUAUCCAUCAAGUAUGCAAUGUUAUAUAUUAAAGGGGAAGUGCUUUCAGUUAUGGUAACACAAACCAAAGUUUGGUCCAGAUCCAGUGAGGACAUGCAGUAUCUAUUAUGGUAUUUAAAGUAUCCUCACAGCCCUGAUGCACCAACUACCAGAGCCUGCCUGGUAAAGAAGGCAGAGCUGAAUAUAUCUGCCUCCAUGCCAAGUAAAUUCUGUCUUGAUUCCCUUAUUUUCUGCCUGGACCUUAUUUUUUGCCUGGAUCCAGAAUACCUACCAUUUGCUCUUUAAGAGUCACAGAUAUUGCCCACCCUACUAACAUAGGGCACAUGUCCUUAAUGGGGUCAGGGAACAACUACCAGUGCAAUACCACUGGUGCCUACCACCACUGGCGUAAUGCCCAUUGGGCAAGGUGGGCAGCUGCCCAGGGCAUCACCUUGUGGGGGGCAUCAAAAUGCUGGGUUCGUUUUUGGGUAUUUUAGUGGUUUUCCAUUUUUGGCCUG